UGGGUCUUCAUUGGGCAUCAGGACGUGGUUGUGUGUGCAUACAUUCCCCCCUUCGAUAGAGACGCUCUCUGUCUCUGUCUCUCCCCUCUCUCGAUUUAUAUCUCUGCGACAGAGAGAUACUCGGUAAAGAUCCGUCGUCCUCCUUCAGUCAACUUUCGGAACAGUUGCCUUCAGCUACUUCGUCAGCGUCGCCGUCAUGAAGCAGAUCGUGUGCCUCGCCUUAAUGGCUACGUUAGGCAUAGCCACAGCAGUACCUCAAACCAAAGGCUCGGAGGACUACAACUUCGGUUUCGACGCUGGAUCCCACUUCAGGAAAGAGGAGAAAACUCCCGAAGGCAAGACCCUAGGCGAGUACGGAUUCCGUACGCCCGACGGAUGCAUGCACGUCGUGAAGUACGAGGCCGACCAGCAGGGAGGAUACAGGGUCCUGGGCUCCAGUAAGAGAGAUUGCAACAUCAAAGCUCACAAUCGUCGUCCAUUUACGACGACAACGACAACAAAACGACCGACCACAACGACAACCAAAGCCACAACCACGGCCCGUCCUACCACUACAACCACGCGCCGCCCUACCACUACUACCACAACCACGCCCCGCACUACCACCCGCACCACUACAACUACUACCACUACUACUACUACUCCUAAACCACGUAAUCCACUGUCCAUCAGUCCGGUGCCACAAGUUAACAACGCUAUUGAAGCCGAGGAACCCCAAGGUCGCCAACUGAGCCAGCCGGGCACAGCCGAAAAAGAGCCGGAACCUCUGUACUCCUACGGUUACAAGACGGACACCCACGGCCACACGGAGUCGGGGCUGCCCGAUGGGUCCAAGAAGGGAGAGUACUACUGGGACAGUCCUGACGGCUGGAGGAUCAUCGUUACCUACGAGGCUAACGAAAGAGGCUUCUACCCGAGGGUGAAGCGCAUUCGCCUUACGCCUACAACUCCAAGGCCUGAAGACGGGCCAGGUAACGGAAACCCCCUCGCUAAGGAGCUGGGACCCGAUAAGGCCGAAGAAAUUGCUGUGCCUGUUGGAGGCUGUCCUUAUUACUUCUACUAUAACACCAGGAUGAACUACCACUGGGAGCACUGCCACGAGAACUCCAACCGAACGGGAGAAUUCGGUCAUUUAGGGUCGGACGGAUAUUCCCACAAGACAUCCUACUACGCCGACAGCACAGGAUUCCAUCCCAGAGUGAGCAGGACGCCCCUCACGGCCAGGCAAGCAGAGGUGGUCGCCGAAUACACGAAAGGUGCCUUUAUCAUACCCAAGCCCGACGAGGAGCGAACCGACACGGAGAGAAGGAUCCAGGAGUGGCUCAGAGAAAACAGAGAUCGCGUUGACAACCCGUUGCGGUGAACGGCUACACAAUCAAAAUCUUUGUCGCCUAACAUUCUUCUUCGUCUUCUUUUUCUUCUUAUUGUCGUAUAUGAGCAACAUUGUAACUGACGGUUUCGUAGACCACGCUUUUUAACACUAAUAUAGCAAGGUGAUAAGUACAAAAGAACAGUGCGCUUCCGUAUCUCAAUUUUAAUUAGUCGUUUCUAAAAAGGUCUUUUUGUUUUAUUUAGCAGGAAGUAUCUGCAGUAUUCCAGGAGCAACAGAGUCUGGCAUAGUAGUAUAAGGAAAAGCAUUGUUGUAUUUUUUUAUUUGACAAGAAAACUAAGAAUGGUCCUAAUUUAAUUUUAGACCAAAAUUUCAGUUAUAUAAGGUUCUCCUCUUCAAUUGAAGAAUGCGGAGUCAAAUGCAGUGUUGACAAGGAAAGUAUGAAAAACAUUUUGAAAUUCAUUGAUUUACUCAUAUAAUAAUUUGGGAAACUGAAGGAAAGAUGACCUAAAUUACCUUAAUCAUUAAUUCCAGUAGUAAUGAGAGUUCAUAAGUGUACCGACAGAAUCGCAGAUUUGGAAUAUCUUCUGUUGUCAUAGGGGAUUUGGUCUGGAAAAUGUAUCCAUUAAUUAGAAUCAAAGACAAAUCAGGUUUACAAACAUGUUAGGAAGUGUCAUUAAUUAGUGGGUUAAUUAUUGUUUUUGAUACGGGAAUUCUUAGGUAUUUUGACGAUGUGGUAUGAAAUCUUUUUACAAAAAAAUGAUUCCAGAAAAAAAGAAUGUCCUGAACCUAACACUCAAGUUUCCUAUACUAAGUUGCUCUCUUGAAUCAGCAAAACGAAAUGACGAUCUAUACUUAUUUCAUUAAAAAAAAAAAUAAAAUCUCCAAAACUGAGAUAUUUAGAAUGCUUUCAAAGCUCGGUUUCAGAGUAACAUAAUGUGGUACAUCAGUAUUGGACGGGUAAGCAACCUGACCACGAUCAAGUAUGUCUUGGUAUACUUAUUUCCAGAAUGCUUAAACAUUGAAGAAGUUCAUUCUUGCCGAAAAUCCUAGCACUAUUUCCAUGAUAUACCUUUUGUUUCCAGAAUAUGGAAGACCAGAUGCUAGGUGUACCUAUAGUGUACAUUUGAUUUACAAGUUAGUGAUGAAAAAACGCGUUGGUCUAUCAUGAUUUCUUGUAAAAUUUUAAUGUAAAUAUGCUAAAACAACUUUUUUUUUAACAUAAAUAGUUUCUUGUUUUCAUCCGCAUUUCCCUUCUAAUCUAAUUUUAUCUGGACCUACUGUUUUCCUAUUCAGAGUUUACCAGUAUUAUGAUUUAUCUGUAAGA